AUGAUAACUGAAUACGAUAUUCAGUAUCGCUUUAAUUGGAGCAAAGCAACUACGAUUAUUGGGGAUGAGACCACGGUUAAGCAGUUUCGGACGGUUAGGUCGCGGUGCCCUUCCGAGAAGACUGUUAUACAAGUGGGAGGACUUAUUCCAGAAGACACAUUUGACUAUUACAAUGCUAUAGAGAGUAUCCCUCCGGGCAUCCAAUUUGAGUCUCUGUCUCUUCCUUGGGAUCAUCCGGCAAUAAUAUAUUUUACCUCGGGAACGUCUGGUCUUCCCGAAAUGGUCAUUCAUAAACAGGUGUCAUUUCCACUGGCUAGAACCCGGGAAGCUCUUUUGGAAUACAGCGGACUAGGGUUGGGGAAAGGUAGCAUACUCAUUUUUGGAGCGUGGAACUGCGGUGCUACCCUAUUUAUCUUCGACGACCGCAAACCUUUCAGCGUCCACCGCCUGUUAAACAUUCUGAAUCGGUUUCCUAUUACCACGCUUUGUGCUCCUCCUCUGGUAUGGCGCCAACUUACGCUUCGAGAUUCGAAAGAUUAUUACCGAUUAUAUCCACCAAAGUCGCUCGAGCACUGUUUGGCAGCAGCUGAAGCUCUUAAUUCCGAAGUAAUCAGGCAAUGGAAACAACUCUCAAAUCUGAAUAUCCAUGAUGGCUAUGGACAAACCGAAACUGUCCUACUUUGCGGUAACUUCAAAGAUUGCCCUAUUCAGCCAGGCCCAAUGGGGAAACCCGCACCCGGUAUCCCGCUAAAUGUAAUCGACGUGGAUAGGAGAGAAUGUGCCCCAGGUGAAGAAGGCAAUACCGCCCUGAAAAUCAAGUCGCCAAACGAAGCUGAGAGCUUCUUCGGUAUCUUUUGA